GUCAGAUCACCAUAUUUAGCUAGCCAGAGAGCCCCAGCCACGGAGUUGAUCACCGAAAACCGGGCUGAAAAUUGCUGGUUAUAACUGCGAGUGAAUCGUCGAGUCGUCGACUUACAGUUACCGUGACGGCUAGGGGAACGUCAGCCACAUCGAUUAAAGUGAUUUGGUUUCAUGUCAGAAGCUGUAACGAAAUGACAGCAGAGUUUCGGCGAUAAGAAGACGUCGCUUUUUUCUGAUGAGAAUCCAGCUAGCAAUCCUGCUAGCAAGCGAGCUAAUGUUAGUCAACCAGCCAAGUAUUGAGAAGUCAGUGGAAACAGGGUUUUUUGGGACGGAUACUUCCAAGUAACAAGUCUAUCUGGUUGAUGAAUAGUUAAUAUCAUAUGUGUCUGAGUUAAGUUAUCGCUUGGCGCAUUAAUCGGUUACUGUGACUUUGUCAAAUGUAUCUUUUCGUCAACCAAUGUUAGCUGGCUAACACCAGUAGGCAACCCUGGCACUGACGGAGGUUUCUGAUUGGUUGUGAUACCGUGAGAGCGACUUGUAGACGGGGACACUGAAGACCCCCCUCCCCUCUCGGUCCCCCCGAGUUAAGAGGACUUCGGUACAUCAAGACGAGUUCAGUCAAACAGCGAGUGUGGACUACUGAAGUCAGUGUCUUACGAGAGAAGACACGCGGCUACAGCGCCGUUUCUCUCCGGGGAACCUUGGUGUUCCCAGAGCUAAGUCGAGUGUCUACGGGGUGUUCUACAAAGUGAGCCGGGGAGGGAUCCGGACAGAGACCCCAUGAAUGGAAAUCGGAACUACAGGAGCGGUUGGGGCGCAGGCCCUCUUCACCGUGCCGCGCAGGCCUGGCUAUGGCACCAUGGGCAAGCCCAUCAAGCUGCUGGCCAACUGCUUCCAGGUGGAGAUCCCCAAGAUGGACGUGUACCUCUACGAGGUGGACAUCAAGCCUGAGAAGUGUCCCCGCCGAGUCAACAGGGAAGUGGUUGACUCCAUGGUGCAGCAUUUCAAGGUUACCAUCUUUGGGGAUCGACGGCCAGUGUACGAUGGGAAGAAGAGCCUCUACACAGCCAACCCUCUGCCUGUGGCUCCCACUGGGGUGGAUCUGGACGUGACGCUGCCGGGGGAGGGGGGAAAGGACCGUCCGUUUAAGGUGUCCAUCCGGUUCGUGUCGCUGGUGAGCUGGCACCUGCUGCACGAGGUGCUGACGGGCCGGAGCAUGCCUGAGCCCCUGGAGCUGGACAAGCCCAUCAGUACCAACCCCGUGCACGCCGUAGAUGUGGUGCUGCGGCACCUGCCCUCCAUGAAGUACACUCCGGUGGGUCGGUCCUUCUUCUCCGCUCCAGAGGGCUAUGACCACCCCCUGGGUGGGGGUAGGGAGGUGUGGUUUGGCUUCCAUCAGUCUGUCCGGCCAGCUAUGUGGAAGAUGAUGCUCAACAUAGACGUGUCUGCCACGGCCUUCUACAAAGCGCAGCCGGUCAUCCAGUUCAUGUGUGAGGUCCUGGACAUCCACAACAUCGAUGAGCAGCCUCGUCCCCUUACCGACUCGCACCGGGUCAAAUUCACCAAAGAAAUCAAGGGCCUUAAGGUUGAGGUGACGCACUGUGGGACCAUGCGGAGGAAGUACCGUGUGUGUAACGUAACCCGCCGACCAGCCAGUCACCAGACGUUUCCCCUCCAGUUGGAGAGUGGGCAGACAGUGGAGCGCACGGUGGCCCAGUACUUCAGAGAGAAGUACAAUCUGCAGCUCAAGUACCCCCACCUGCCCUGCCUGCAGGUGGGGCAGGAGCAGAAGCACACCUACUUGCCCCUGGAGGUUUGUAACAUAGUAGCAGGUCAGCGCUGCAUUAAGAAACUGACUGAUAAUCAGACCUCCACCAUGAUCAAAGCCACAGCCCGCUCUGCACCGGACAGACAGGAGGAGAUCAGCCGGCUGGUGCGGAGUGCAAACUAUGAAGCGGAUCCCUUUGUGCAGGAGUUCCAGUUUAAGGUCCGAGACGAGAUGGCUCACGUGACUGGGCGUGUCCUUCCAGCCCCCAUGCUGCAGUACGGCGGCAGGGUGAGCUCAGAGCCCUUUAUGCAGAUGACCGAUGGUGUGUCGUUGCAGAACCGCACGGUGGCCACGCCCAGCCACGGCGUUUGGGACAUGCGGGGGAAGCAGUUCCACACCGGCGUGGAGAUCAAGAUGUGGGCCAUCGCCUGCUUCGCCACGCAGAGACAGUGCAGGGAGGAGAUCCUGAAGGGCUUCACCGACCAGCUGCGUAAGAUCUCCAAAGACGCUGGGAUGCCCAUCCAGGGCCAGCCGUGCUUCUGUAAGUACGCACAGGGAGCGGACAGCGUGGAGCCCAUGUUCCGACACCUGAAGAACACCUACGCCGGCCUGCAGCUCAUCAUCGUCAUCCUGCCCGGCAAGACCCCGGUCUACGCUGAGGUGAAGCGGGUAGGGGACACCCUCUUGGGAAUGGCCACUCAGUGUGUUCAGGUGAAGAACGUGGUGAAGACGUCACCUCAGACCCUCUCCAACCUCUGCCUCAAGAUCAACGUCAAGCUUGGUGGCAUCAACAACAUCCUGGUGCCACACCAACGGCCAUCAGUGUUCCAGCAGCCUGUGAUCUUUCUGGGGGCAGACGUCACUCACCCACCUGCUGGAGAUGGGAAGAAGCCCUCUAUUGCAGCGGUGGUGGGCAGCAUGGACGCCCACCCCAGCCGCUACUGUGCUACGGUGCGGGUGCAGAGGCCGAGGCAGGAGGUCAUCCAGGAUCUGGCCUCGAUGGUGCGUGAGCUGCUCAUUCAGUUCUACAAGUCCACGCGCUAUAAGCCCACCCGCAUCAUCUUCUACCGGGACGGAGUGUCCGAGGGACAGUUCAGACAGGUGCUUUAUUACGAGCUGCUGGCCAUUCGUGAGGCCUGUAUCAGUCUAGAGAAGGAGUACCAGCCUGGCAUCACCUACAUUGUGGUGCAGAAACGCCACCACACACGCCUCUUCUGUGCUGACCGCAAUGAGAGGGUUGGACGAAGCGGAAACAUUCCUGCUGGAACAACAGUGGAUACAGACAUCACACACCCCUAUGAGUUCGACUUUUACCUCUGCAGUCAUGCAGGAAUACAGGGCACAAGCCGGCCCUCCCACUACCACGUGCUGUGGGACGACAACUGCUUCACAGCGGACGAGUUCCAGCUGCUCACCUACCAGCUGUGCCACACCUACGUGCGCUGCACCCGCUCCGUCUCCAUCCCUGCGCCAGCCUACUACGCCCACCUGGUGGCCUUCCGCGCCCGCUACCACCUGGUGGACAAGGAGCACGACAGUGCCGAGGGCAGCCAUGUGUCGGGUCAGAGUAACGGCCGGGACCCCCAGGCGCUGGCCAAGGCUGUGCAGAUCCACCAUGACACCCUGAGGACCAUGUACUUUGCCUGAGCAAGUGCACACACACACACACACACUUACAGAACAUGAAUACACGCAUACAUACAUAUGUUCAUACCUUAAUGCAUACCUGCAUACAUAUAUGCAUACAUACCACAUUUGGUGGCACACACCUUUCUUCAUACCCACCUACACACACACACACACACACACACACACACACACACACACACACACACCCACACCCUACCAAUCUGUGCAUCCCAGAGGGUCCACAUAAAGAGCCGGCCGGUGGAGCCUGACCCGGGCAGUUUGGACCCACCCACUGUGUGGAAGAGAAGAAGUGGAAGGUUACUGAGAGUGACCGAACGGAGAAGAGAGGAACAGAAAGCUGUGUGUGUGUGUGUGUGUGUGUGUGUGUGUGUGUGUGUGUGUGAAGAGAGUGAUUGGCAGGCCAGUGGUGAAGAGCUCCUCCCCGCUCCUCCUCCUCCCCCCAAAAGUACAAGAACAGAACUCUGCACUUAUAUGCAAUAUCAAACCAGCCAACUUGCUUCUAUGACCUUUUCCCCCCCCUAUCUCUCAUCUCCUCAUCUCCUUCACACAAAACACCUCUCCAUCCCUACCCACAGAGGGCAAAAACACCUCUCCAUCCCUACCCACAGAGGGCAAAAACACCUCUCCAUCCCUAGGGCAAAAACACCUCUCCAUCCCUAGGGCAAAAACACCUCUCCAUCCCUACCCACAGAGGGCAAAAACACCUCUCCAUCCCUAGGGCAAAAACACCUCUCCAUCCCUACCCACAGAGGGCAAAAACACCUCUCCAUCCCUAGAGCAAAAACACCUCUCCAUCCCUAGGGCAAAAACACCUCUCCAUCCCUACCCACAGAGGGCAAAAACACCUCUCCAUCCCUACCCACAGAGGGCAAAAACACCUCUCCAUCCCUACCCACAGAGGGCAAAAACACCUCUCCAUCCCUAGGGCAAAAACACCUCUCCAUCCCUACUCAGAGGGCAAAAACACCUCUCCAUCCCUACCCACAGAG